AUGGAUUAUAAUAAUAAUCCAAAAUCUCAAGACUCGCUUGCAACACCAUCAUCACCAACAGAAACUUCUCUAUCACCCACCAACAAUAAUAAUGAUAGUAGUAGUAGUAGUGAUAACGCCCUUAAAGCGGCAACAUUAUUUCCACUUGCUAUUAUAGCGAUAUCUAUAGUAUUUAUUACUUUAGUAAUUAUCAUAAUACAUAUAAUAUUGUCUUAUAGAAAUAAUAAAAGAAAAAAAUCAAAUGAGAAUAAUACUAGGGAGACUAAUCAUAUAAAUAUUGUUCGUGAACCAACAAUGAAUCAAAAUAAUGAUGAUAUUCAAGUUAUAACAGAUUAUCAAGGAAACAGUGUUUAUGACAUUGUUGCAAAUUAUGGUAAUUAUAGUGAUAAUGGUAGUAGUAGUAGUGGUAGCGAACAACCGUUGACGAAUAAUAAUGACCAAACGAGAAAUGUUGUCAAUCAGCAAUAUGAUGAAAAUAAUUAUCAGACAGCAAAUGUGAAUUAUCAGAUGAGAAAUUACAACGAGAACCAAAUUGUAAAUUAUCAGCCAACCAGUGAUGUUAUUGGUCAACCUUCAAAAUAUCAUCGUAAAAUUGAUAAUAAUAGCGUUGGAAAUAAUGCCUUGAAAAAACCAACUGGUUCAACAAUAUUAUCAUGUCCACAAGGCUUUUCACAAACUCAUCAUUACUUCUCUACUACCGCACAGGUUUACAAUAAAACUGGUGAAGUAGCAAAAAGUAGUUUAUCAAAAAUUAAAGGUAUUGGAAAAUCAAUAAUAUACAAUGCAUUAGUAACAAAAGAACUUGCCAAAGAAGUUUAUAUUCGAGAAGGACUUCAACCACCUACUGGUGCACAAAUCUCUGAAACAUGGAAUAAUUUAAAAUCAACUCGACCAAAAGAUUUUACUAAUCUCAGUCCUACAGAUCUUGUUAAAGUUGGUAUAAGAACUCUGGAAGUUUUUGGAAUUUUUGCAAUUGAUAAUACACCAAACUUUUCAAUUCUUGCUUUCAAAGAUCCUUCAUUUUACCCAUAUGUUCAUUAUACUGGAAAAGGCAAACCAUAUAUUGAUUUCAAAAAUCCUGAAGCUGUAAGGCAACUAACAUAUUGUCUGUUACACAAUGACUUUAACCUUAAAUUAGACAUCCCUUUGGAUACUUUAUGUCCACCAAUACCUAACAGACUUAAUUAUAUUCAUUGGAUAGAAGACUUGAUAAGUUCAAUUGAAGCAAAAAAUGAUAUUGUAUAUGGAAUAGACAUUGGCACUGGUGCUUCUUGUAUAUAUCCAUUAUUAGGUUGUACAUUAAAUAAGAAUUGGAAAUUCAUUGCUACUGAUAUUGAUGAAAGAGCUAUAAAAUAUGCAGAAGAUAAUGUUAAAAGAAAUAAUUUACUUGAUAGAAUUACUAUUGUUCAUAAUAAAACUGAUAAUAAAAAAAUUUUAAAUUUAUUAUCUAAUGAUAAUAAUAACAUCAAGCAAUUUUUCAUUUUUUGGUAUACUUCUAUGAUUGGAAGACUUGAAACUGUUAAUAAAAUUGUACAAGAGUUAAAGAAAAAUCAAAUAGACAACUACGUUAUAACUGAAUUUUGUCAAGGUCAAACACGUAGAUGGGGAAUUGGUUGGUCGUUUGGAAGUCAUCGUCCAACUAUGGUUGCUCCACCUAAAUCAGAAUUUUGUGUAAUUCUAUCAUCAAAAUCAUCAACAACAAGUAUUAAAGAAUUUCUAAAGAAAUUGUUUGAUGAAUUGGAAAUCAAUGGACAAUGGAAUUUUAAUGAUCAUUACAAUGAUAAAUCUUAUUAUUAUAAUGGUUUAGUCUUUUCAAAUACUUGGUCACGUUCAGCUAGAAGAAGGAAAAAAUCUACAAUAAUAAAUUGUCAAAUGGAGGAGACAGAAGGAGGAGAAAUUGCUAACUCUAUUGAAAAUCAACAACAACAGGGAUUCUUGUUUAAAUAUAUUUGUAGUAUUGAGAAUUUUAAUUUGGAUAAUUCGGAUGAUGGUGAUUAUAGUAUCAAUAGUAGUGGUGGAGGUGUAAAGAUUAUGUUUUCUUGGGUUAAUGGACAAGAUAGAAAUAUUUUCGAAUCGUUUUAUAAUCAUUGUAUUUAUUGA